AAGUGUUUAUGUUUCAAUUUUCAUGGCUAAAAUUUAUGUUGAGAAUGUGCUCUGCGCAAAAUCCUUGUCAUUGUCUUAUUGGUCCCUCUCACGGUGAGAGUCUCACCGGAUAUUUUCUAUGACACACGGAGUGACACAUUUGAUAUUGUGAGCUGUGUUUGUAUACAAGAUUUGUUAUUAACUUAAUUCCACCCGGAAUCGUCGAUAAUAUGACUGAAAAACGAGAAAAGUUUGUCAACAACUGCUUCAGAGUGUUAACGGUUCUGGACCAACUGGAUAAAAUAGAUGAUUCGGAUCGCGAUAUUAACGAUUCAUUGGUAAAAUGUAAACGAAUUCGUGAGAACUGUGUCGUGGAAGUGGAACCAGCUGCAUCAGGACAACUAGCAGGUCAAAGUGAACGGAAACGUUGUACCACUUCGAACCCAACCAAAGGAUUGAUGGAUGGUCAAAAUCCAUUAGAAGUUCUAUCGAAUGAACAAUUCACCAGGACGUAUCGAUUUUCCAAGGAAUGUGUUGAGGACAUUUUACAAAUCAUUGCGUACGGCUUAACCAAGUUCACGAAUCGUGGAAAACCAUUUUCGCCAGUUUUACAACUGUUGAUUACGUUGCAAUUCCUAACUACAGGUACGUUCAAAACGAAGAAAAAAAUUCUUGUCAGUCAACCAACAAUCUCGCGAACUAUCAAAAAAGUGACGUCACUGUUGUCUGAGUCACGGCUACGCUUCAUCAAAAUACCAGAUAGAGCGGAGCUCAAAAGCAUUUCGGCGUCUUUCUCAAGCAAUGGUCAAUUUCCCGAAGUAUUCGGUUGCAUUGGUUCCACGCAUAUAGCAAUUAAAUCACCUGGAAAGUCGAUAAGCGACGGAUACUUCAAUGAGAGUGGAUUUUAUAGUUUCCGCGUCUUUAUGGCAUGUGGACCAGAUCUUCAAUUUUACGAACUAAUUUCACGAUGGCCCGGCGCAACUCAGGAAAAUAAGAUUUUCAACAUCUCCGAAAUUCAUCAGAAAUUUCAAUUCAAUCAAUUGGAAGGGAUAUUGUUGGCUGACCAUAAUUAUCCGGCGAGUAACUUGAUUCCAUUUGUUAUGACUCCGGUUGAUCCACCUCGAAACGUUCAGGACUGCAUGUACAACGACAGCCACAAGAGAACGUACAACAUUGAAAAAGCUGUUAAAUUGUGGAAACAACGAUUCAAAUGUCUGCAAACGGUUCUGAAUAACAAAGAAGAUACCACACAAUCGAUCAUACAAGCAACUGCAGUUCUUCAUAACAUUGCCAUUCAAAGAAAACAGCCAGUACCAAGCGAAAAUUGUUCGAGGAUCUCGAAGAUACCGAACAACAGUCAUGCCCAGUACAAGGAUAAUGCGAAUCGAAAAUAUUUUACCGAGUCGUACAAUACCGUUGCACUUGUUGAACGGGACAAUUUUAUUGCCAAAUAUUUUUCAUUGGAAUGAAAUGGUUCACGAAAUUAUGCUACAUGACCGGCCACGACAAAUUGCUUACCGAGAUGCCAUUAAGACGAACGAAGCUCAUUUCAAAGGAAAAACAGUCCUAGAUGUCGGUUGUGGUACCGGAAUUUUGUCUGUGCUUUGCGCGAAG